AUGAUGAACAUAUCGGAACAUCUACAACGCAAGGCCGCCGUUGGGCUGGUGGCGCUUGGCGUGGUGUCGGUGCUGAAUGGGCUGAUUGCGAGCUCGGCCGAGGCGGAGAAGAGCUAUUUUACGGAGCACUUCAUCAACACGCACUUUAUCACGUGUGUGCAGCUUUUUUCGGGUCUCGUCUCGCUGCUCCAAGAUCUCAGGUAUACGGGUCCCGCGACGCUCGCCCUCGUGUUGCACAUUUUUUCGACGAUCGUUUCGGGGUGCGCGGUUUUUGCGGAUGCGUCGAAUAUUCUAUAUUUGUCGACGACCGAUGAUUUUGUUACGAAGAUAUUCUACAAAGUGUUCCACGGUUCCGAGCAGAAGACGCCCUUCUUGCUGAUGCUGGCCUCGAUUUUCGCGCUUCUCUCAUCAAAUCCCCAGCAUGCCACACUGGCCCUACCGGCUUGUCUGGUCGUCCUGUUAUAUACGGCAAAAAGCACGCUCUUCCUGCUGUUAUCGUAUAGUUAUUUGGUUUUUAAGGGGUAUUUCCGGGAGCAGCUUUGCGAUUUGUUCGUGACGAAUACGGAUGAUUGUUUUGCGACUGUUACUACAGGCGGUGUCUUUCUGCACAUGUUCGAGGCGUUCAUCCACCUCGCUGCCGCCGUUGCCUCGAUUUUCCUGGCCGCGAUCGUAAUGAGAGUGGCACAUCUCCGGCGGGAAGUCUCGAACACUGACGUCCACUACAGGACCGCAAAGUCGCAGGCGUUGAUCAGGUGGAUCGGCGUAGUGCACGCGUCGGCUGCGUUGGUCGUGAUCGGCAGCUCGAUCCUGAGCUUUGUCUUCUCGAGCACCGCCAUGCAUCCAUUGAUCGUCAUCUAUCUGCAGCUUUACCAUAUCGCCGUCGCAUUUUCGCUUAUCGUAUUCCCGUUGUAUCAGAUCUGCGUCUCCGAGGUGAUCCACGAAGUUCCAGUAGCCCGCCAUGCGCUGCUAAUCCUCUCCGCCAUUCAAUUUUUCAACAUCGUCACCCAGCUCGAUUACCGUGGCACCGGCGAGGAUUUGAAUGUCAUCUGGAAGCUGCACCAUUUCGUCGAGGUCCUGACGGCGUUCGGCUACUUUUUCACGGCAAUUCUGGUGUUGCGAAUUGAAAACGUAAUUCGCCCGGACCCACUUCGCGAGAACUACGACGUGCUGGAUUUUGACAACCCGCUCGCCGCGGAGAUGCAGGACAGCGAGCUGAACGAGGGCUAUAUUCAGCUACGGCAAGAAGAAGCUAUU